CAUUUCAAUGCAAAUACUGUAUUACCACUUUUGUAUUACUGCAAACAAACAAAACAAAGCAGAAAACUGAAACAUUUUCCACAGAAAGCAGAAUAAUCUGUCUUAUUUCAAGUGUAUAGUUUAAUUUGUCUGUCUAAAUACAGCAUCUUUCCAUCGACAGCAAUCUAAAUUUUGAAAGUUAACUGUAUCCAAAUGUCUGCAAAUAAUUCUGUAGUUACACAAAGUUUUGCUAGUGGUUAACAUUGACUGAGACAGGUAUCCAUGAAUUUCGGAAGAAGUGAUCAUUGAAUGCAUUUUGUAUCUAAGUAAUGCAAAAGCAUCCACAAUUUAGUUCACGUAGUCUACUCAUAUAGUGAAUGUGUUAAGUGUUUUGAAAAAGUGUACAUGGUAUUGAGACCAGUGUGAAAAUGAUUGGAAAAAACUACAAGAAAUCAUCUUUUUAUUGUGUGUAUGCACAUUUUUCACUUGACCAUUAUAAAGUAAACAUGAGGAAUGCUAGCAUUUUAGCUAAAUUACAUCAUACUGAGCUGCUAAAUGAAUCAGUGUGUGAUGUACACACAAGAUAAUUACCAUACAGGGAUGUCUUUUCAUUUUGAAGUUUGUUAAUUUGUCAGUUUGGGGAACCAUGUUGGAAUUCCAACUGGUGAUUACAGCAUCCAGGAAUAUGUACUGUCUAGUGUCUACAUAGUUGCCAGAAUGUAGGGCCAGCAAAAAGUACCCUACUGGAGCUGUAGCUGCACUUCAUCAUACAUACAAAAUAAAAUAACUUUGUAAUGUGUCUGCUGCCAUGAGGACAAAUCUUUCCGAGGGGGUCCAACUAGCGCCUCUGCUGGAGACACCAGGAAAGACACUCUAAGGAGAAGUUUCUCUGGGUCACUUUCAGAAUGUCUCUCAGUCCCAGAGGAAAUGACUCUACCUGAGGUUACCGAAUUUUAGCCCUACAACAUUUCAUGUUAGUCCUUUAAAAUAAUAACCACACUUACAGCAACGUUUUGUCAGCUUUGUCAUUGACCGGGUCAUUACGGUUGUUUGAAAUGGAUUCACAGGUCAGGUUGUGUCUUCUGCUUUACUUUUGUCUUGCUAAAGAGUCUUGUGUUCUUUGCUAAAUGUACAGAUAUAAAUGUGUUGGAAACUCUUAACAGAAUGAGAAAAUAUCCUUAGCUCCCUGGAACACUUGGUCCAUGUGCAAUGUAUUUAUAGCCCGUCCCGGAGUGGCUAUAAAUACAGCUGUGUGUUGCCGCACUGUACUACAACGGCUGAAGUUUGAAAUGGGAUUGUGUUCCUUGUUGUCAAAGACCACCAGUAUGUCGGAGUUUUUUAAAGUCGUUUUUGUAGGUUUUUUUAUCUGAUGAAAUCAUGAGGGACUAUGAAGAAAUCAUUGCAUUUCUAGGAGAAUGGGGACCUUUUCAGAAACUUAUUUAUGCUCUUCUCAGUCUCAGUGCUAUUCCCAAUGGAUAUGUGGGAAUGGCAAUGGUUUUCCUGGCGGACAUUCCUCCUCACCACUGCAGGCUUCCAUUCCUGAACAGUAGCUAUGGAGGACUGGGCUACAAUCUGUCCAUCCCGACUGAGGAAGUGAAAGGAGAGAUCAUCCUGAGUCGCUGCAGACGCUACACUGAACAGGGGGACUCUGAUGCUGUCUUUAGGAAUGACACAGAGGGCUGUCUGGAUGGCUGGGUGUUCAGCAAUGAGAGAUACGUGUCCACCAUUGUAACUGAGUGGAAUCUGGUGUGUGAUGACGCUUGGAAAGCUCCCUUUACCCUAACUGUGUUUUUCCUUGGAGUACUGGCAGGAUCAUUUUGUUCAGGCAUCAUAUCAGACAGGUAUGGCAGGAAGCUCACCUUCUUCAUCGCCAUGGUGAUGCAGACUGUCUUUAGUGUGGUCCAGGCCACCUCCAACAGCUACCAAAUGUUCUGUGUGCUUUACUUUGUGGCCGGGAUGGCGUAUGUUUCCAAUUACUGUGCAGCAUUUGUGCUUGGUUCAGAGCUCCUCAGUAAGUCCGCCCGCAUGAGCUUUGGAAUUCUGGGAAUCUGUUCCUGCUUCGCCAUUGGCUACGCCAUUCUGCCACUCUUUGCAUACUUCAUCCGGAGCUGGAGGACCCUGCAGUUAGCACUGUCUCUCCUGGGAUUUCUUUAUAUUCCCCUGUGGUGGUAUGUACCAGAGUCUCCUCGCUGGCUCAUCACACAGGGCCGGUUUCUGGAGGCUGAGGCCAUCAUUCGAGCUGCAGCCAUAAAGAAUGGCAUCACUCCUCCAGACGACAUCUUUCAGCUGGAGCACAGCGCUGAGGAAAAGGCAACUGAGAAUGACACAGGUGGUCAGAAUAAGUACACAUGGUUGGACCUCCUAAAAACAGAAAAUAUACGGAACAUCACAAUUCUGAACAUCAUUAUUUGGAUCACACUAACCAUGACUUAUUAUGGAUUGUCCUUUAACACCCCCAAUCUGGACGGAGAUCCUUACCUGUAUUGCCUUUUUGCUGCCUGCACUGAGUUCGUUGCCUACAUCUUCAUCUGGUUCACCACCCGCUACGCUCCUCGGCGCUUCACGCUGCCAUUCACUCUUCUUCUUGGAGGGACCGUGUUGUUGCUCAUCACGUUUGUUCCGGAAGAGCUCAAUGCCUUGACUGUCGCCCUGGCGAUGACAGGAAAACUGGUUGUAACUGGGGCCUAUGCUUUUGUCUAUUUCUACACCAUGGAGCUCUUCCCCACUGUCGUGCGGAACAUGGGACUGGGUGUCACCUCAAUGGCUGCCCGGAUUGGCAGCACAGUCUCCCCAUAUUUAGCUUAUAUUGGGACAUAUCAUAAAACAGCACCCUAUAUUCUAAUGGGUAGCAUCUCCUUAGUAUCUGGUGUGUUAAGUCUGUUGUUACCAGAAACUAAAGACGAGGAACUUCCAGAACUACUCAGCCAAGUUAAACCACCCAGAUGCUUUUGCCAGAAGGAAAGAAGAAGCCAGCAGAUAAGAACAGCUGACACGCAAAUGCACAUAUGAGGAAUGGAAUAGAUAUGGCACUUGACUUAAUGCUGAAUCAAAGAAUUUUGACCUUUAAUUUUCUUCUUACUAUUAAACAUCUGUGGAUGCAA